GCCAUGGACUUUUACCGCAAGGUGCCCGACGAGCUCAAGGAGGCGUCGCGGACGGGCGGGCUCCUGUCGCUCUGCGCCUGCGGCGUCGUCGCCCUCACGCUCGUCACGGAGAUCGGCGCCUUCCUGCGCACGGAGGUGCGCACGAAGAUCGACGUCGACACGUUCGCCGGGUCGCAGCUCCGCGUGAACUUCAACCUGUCGUUCCCGCACCUGCACUGCGACUACGCGUCCGUGGACCUCUGGGACAAGAUCGGGCGGAACCAGGCGAACGUGACCCAGAACAUCGAGAAGUGGCAGCUCGACGAGGACGGCGUGAAGCGCAUGUACCAGGGGCGGAACCGCCGCGCGUUCGACAUCGACCACGACGUGCACCACCCGCCCAUCGAGGAGAUGCACGCGAACGGCGUCCACGUCUGGCACGUGAACGCCGACGAGUGGGAGGGGCUCCACGAGCACCACGAGUACGUCUUCGUCGACUUCUACGCGCCGUGGUGCCUCUACUGCCAGUCGCUCCGGUCGACGUGGGAGGCGCUCGCCGAGGAGCUCGAGAAGCGCGACCUCGGCGUGGCCGUCGCCGCCGUGGACUGCGUCGACAACGAGGCGUUCUGCCACGACAUGAAGGUCCAGACGUUCCCGACGCUCCGCUUCUACCACCACGGCGAGCAGGUCAACGAGGGCGAGUACCGCUUCGACCGCACGGUCGCCGCGCUGACGGACUUCGUGACGCGCAAGCUCGAGUCGGAGAACAUCUACCGCCAGUACCCGGAGGCGCGCGUCGCGCACGCGGCGAACUGGAACACGGACCACCCGGGCUGCCUCGUGUCGGGCUUCCUCCUCGUGAACCGCGUGCCGGGCAAUUUCCACGUCAUGGCCCACAGCAGGCACCACAGCCUCAACACGCUGCGGACGAACCUGAGCCACACGGUGCACCACCUCAGCUUCGGCGUGCCCCUCACGGACGCGCAGCACCGCAAGCUCGCGACCAUCGACGUGCGCCACGCGCGCACGGACACGCUCGACGGCGAGGACUACUACCACGACGACUACCACUACGCCUACCAGCACUUCGUCCACAUCGUGCCCACGAAGUACAACCUCGGCGUCUUCUGGCGCGACCGCUUCGCGGCCUUCCAGACGCUCCACAGCCACCACCUCCUCAAGUACGCCGAGCACGUCCCGCCGGAGGCGCGCUUCUCCUACGACAUCUCGCCCAUGGCCGUCGUCGUCGACACGGUCCGCGUCAAGUGGUACGACUUCCUCACGUCCCUCCUCGCGAUCGUCGGCGGCACCUUCGCCCUCUUCAAGCUGGCCAACGACACCGCGGCGCGGCUCUUCUAG